AUGGCUAAUCAUGCUCUGGUCUUUGGCGCGAGCGGAAUCACUGGAUGGGCUAUCACGAACGCAAUCCUUAACGGCUACCCAACAGAAGACACGUUUUCUUCCGUGACUGCUCUUACCAACCGACCUCUGAGUCUCGAUGAUGCGAUGUGGCCUAGAAGUUCCAAACUGGAAGUUGUCAGUGGAAUCGAUCUCCUGACAGCUAAAGGACAAGAUGGAUUGGAAGCAGAAUUGAAGCAAAGAGUACAACAUGCUGGUGAAAUAACCCACGUGUACUUUUUCUCGUACAUCAUGGACGAGAACCCCGAAAAAGAGACCUCUAUCAAUGUCGACCUCAUACGGAGGGCGGUGACAGCCAUUGAGAAUAUUUCAUCUGCGCUCAAGUUUGUCGUCCUACCGACUGGUACUAAAGCGUAUGGUGUACAUCUCCUUGAUGAAUUCCCGUUCCCAAACGACCUUCCGCUCAAGGAGAGCCUGCCAAGAAUUCCAGAGCCCCACGCCUCCCAGAUGUUCUACUAUAACCAAACAGAUAUGCUUUCCAGCAUGUCGAAAGGGAAGCCGUGGACCUGGUGCGAGGUGAUCCCAGACAUCAUAGUCGGCUUUGUGCCCAACAACAACAUCUACAGUAUGGCGCAAGCAUUAUCAACUUACCUAGCUCUCUGCGUCGAACUAAACGGAAAGGGCAGCGAAGUGGCCUUUCCAGGCACCGAAAAGUCAUACAAAAAUCUCAGCAACGACAGCACCCAGGACAUCGUCGCCAAAACCUCAAUCUAUGCUUCUCUGCAUCCAGAGCUUACAUCCGAACAGAAGUACAACACUGCGGCUAAUGCCAACCCUUCGUCAUGGAGUGUGAAGUGGCCAGUGAUCUGUGAGUACUUUGGCCUGAAGGGCGUCGGGCCGCCCGCCGGUGGCUCCGGGCCACAGCCGGUCCAGUAUCUCGCGGAUCAUUUCUCGGAAUGGCAAGCGCUGGAAAAGAAGCAUGCACUGAAAACGGGGCGCGUGGGAAACGACCGCAGCCUAAAAGGGUAUCCAUAUUUCAUCAUGACGAUGCUUAACUUUGACCGACAGCUCGAUAUGUCAAAAUGUCAUGAGAUGAUGGGCAAUGCCCGAAUAGAGACAGACACCAAGGGAGUAUGGUGGACUGCAUUUGAUCGACUCCGCCGAGCGAAGAUUAUACCAUAG